AUGACAGCAGGAACGGUUGUGAUCACUGGCGGAAUCCUAGCUACGGUGAUCCUGCUCUGCAUCAUUGCUGUCCUGUGCUACUGUCGGCUCCAGUAUUACUGCUGCAAGAAGAGUGGAGCUGAGGAUGCAGACGACGAGGAGGAGGAGGGGCACGACCUCUCUGUGCACCCCAGAGGCCCCACCUGCAACGCCUGCAGCUCCCAAGCCCUGGAAGGCCGAGGCAGCCUGGUGCCUCUUGCCGGCGAGCCCUGCAGCCAGCCAUGCGGGGCAUCGGGCAGCCACUGCACCACCUGCUCCCCAUACAGCUCCCCCUUUUACAUACGGACAGCUGACAUGGUGCCCAAUGGGGGAGGAGGCGAGAGGCUCUCCUUUGCUCCCACAUACUACAAGGAGGGGGGACCCCCACCCCUCAAAAUGGCAGUGCCCCAGAGUUACCCGGUGACCUGGCCAGGCUCUGGCCAUGAGGCCUUCACCAAUCCAAGGGCUAUUAGUACAGACGUGUAA